AUGACCACCAUCUUCGACGGCUACGAUGAGGAGUACCGCGCGCUGACCGGCGACAUCUCCAAGAAGAUCAGCGAGAUCGCGUCCUACGAGGACCAGAAAGACAAGAAGAAGGCGAGCAUCGUGCAUGUAGGCGACCUGCUGACUCAAGCCACGCAGCUGAUCCAGCAGAUGGAGCUGGAGGUGAGGAGUCUGGAUGCGGCGACGCGCCGAGAGCUGUCGAAGAAGGUAGACCAGUACAAGAAGAGUCUGGCGUCGCUGUCGGCGGAUCACAAGAAAAUCCGCGAAAAAGAGGAGCGAGAAGGACUCUUAGGAGACCGCGAUGGCAACGCGGCUUCGGCUGAGCACCGUAGUCGCAUGGCAGCAGCUACGAACAAGAUGAAGGGAACGACGGACAAGCUAGCGGCUGCACGGAAAGAGAUUGCUGACACGGAGGAAGUUGCGCUAGCAAUUGGUGACGAGCUUAGCCGAAAUCGCGAAAAGAUCGAAGCGACGCACGCUAAGGUGAAGGGUGUGAAUGAGAUGGCUCGCCGAGGAGGCAACAUUGUGGGUCGAAUGUCAGCACGUGACAAGCGCCAACGCCUCGCUCUUUCGAUUGCUGCGGGCUUUAUCGUCAUCGCGAUUCUGCUGCUGAUUUACUUCGGCAUCUUCAAAAAGAAGUAG